CCCAGUUUUCCUUUCAUUUCUACGAAUGUUGGAAGUAGUUAUGAGUAAUUACAGACGAAUACUCGUAAUAGCCAAAAUUAGACAUAACGUUGAGAACGACACUGAACUACAUAUUCACGAAUAAUUAAUAUCAUAAUAAGCAUUCUGACUGCGAAAGACGACAUGCGCUGAGAAAAACGUCCUGAUAAUUUUUGAACGUGAGAACAGGUGGUUCAGUUACGAGAAAAAAGGCUCCUAUGGAUAUCCAACGAGAUAAAGAUGUAGAUUUAAACAAUGUAUACGCUUGGAAUUACAACUUGCUGAAGUUUAUGGGUAUCUGGCCGGAAGAGAGGAAAUGGAACCGAUCUUCCAGUUACCUCGUUCUUUUACCGUUUAUCACGAUGAUGUGUUUCGCAUGUGGCCCACAAACUAUUAACCUUUCGAUAAUAGCUGGUGACUCGGAUUUGGUGAUUGAGAAUCUAUCGAAUAACAUUACCUUCAUGGUUUCGAUUAUGAAGACUUUGACUGUUUGGAUCAACGGCAUACCGUUAAAGUCUCUCCUAGGAUAUAUGGCCAAUGACUGGGAAGCAGUGACGAAUAAUACGGAUCGAGAAACAAUGGUGAACACCGCGAGGAUCACUAGAAAGAUUACAAUAGGAAGCACAUUGAUGGUCAACAUCGUAAUUCUCGCUUUUGUACCUGCACGAUUGUCUAGCAUGAAAAACAACGACAUUACACUAUUCCUCCGUGGCUAUUACCCAUACAACACUAGCAUCAGUCCAAAUUUCGAAUUGACGAUGAUCGCUCAAUACGUGGCUGCUAUUUAUGCAGCGAAUACGUACACAACUGUAGAUAGCCUCGUCGUCCUACUGAUUUUCCAUGUCUGCGGACAGAUUUCGAUUUUGAGGCAAGAUUUAGAGAAGGUUCAUUCGUACGAUAAGAAAAAUAUAGAAAUAAAGAUGCAGCAGAUCGUCGAAAAGCAUGAAUAUAUAAAUAGGUUCGCGGGAAGGAUAGAGAAUUCCUUUAACAUGAUGCUUCUGUUUCAAAUGCUGAGUUGCACCAUUCAGAUAUGCUCUCAGUUUUACCAAGUUAUUAUGUCGUUAGGAGAGAAUACAAUGGAACACAUGAUUUUGCAAAUUUCCUUCCUGUUGAUAUACGUAGCUUACGUGAUGUUGCAACUGUUCCUAUAUUGUUACAUGGGAGAAAAACUAGCAGCCGAGAGUACAGAAAUAGCUAACACAGCCUAUAAUACCAGAUGGUACAAUUUACCUCCCAAGAAUGCCAGAUGGCUUGUAAUUAUUAUGUGUCGUGCCAGAUCUUCACCCUUACAAAUUACAGCAGGCAGAUUUUGUUCCUUUACUUUCGCGCUCUAUUGUCAGGUCUUAAAAACUUCGAUGGGGUAUGUUUCUGUCCUACACGCAAUGAAAAAUCAAUAAUAGACGAACCCAUACAUCUGUGAAUUUCACAACUGGCCAUCAAAUUGAUAAAAGGAGCAUUACGAAACGAAUAUUUUAGUAUAUAUCUCUAAAUGAUAAAUUAUAUCUCAAAGCAACGAGAAUUAAAGUGGCGAGACAAAAAAAUUAGGCACUGUGUAAAGUAAUAAAACAAUUAAUUACUAA